GAUUAUUGUCAUUCUUGAGGAAAGAAAAAAAAAAAAAAAGAAUUCCGCAUUUUAAUUAAUAAAAACUAUUAUUUAUUUGAAUUUCUCAAUAAAUAAAUAAAAAGAGAAAAAUAUUUAUUGAUGGACUGGGCCAUUGAGCUUGUAAAGCGAUUCUGGGUCCAUAUCUUCCAAAAACUCGAAAGACCUCCACGACCACUCGACUUGACCCAGAACCGCAUUGGUUUCAAUUGGACCAAAAUGGCCGCACCUCUACUUCUGAGGAGCAUCCCGCACCUCCGCCUCCGGCUUCAAAACCACCGCAUACCCGCUAGAAUAUUCUCUCCGCUUCGGCGACCAUGGAGCAGCGCAGCUGAUUCAACGAGGCUGGACGAGGAAGGAUCGAGUGCGGAUAAGAAUACAGCUGUACUCAGCUCGCUGGAGCCGACCAAGUAUCCAAGAUGGGAUGAUCCUGAUUAUUGUAAAUGGAGAAACAAAGAAGAAGAGAUUAUGAAUGAUAUUCAGUCUAUCACUGCUCUCGCUAAAGAAAUUCUCCACUCUGACAGGUAUUUGGAUGGGGAACGCCUAACAGAUGAAGAUGAGAAAGCUAUAGUAGAGAAGCUUCUUGCUCAUCAUCCUAAUUCUGAAGAUAAAAUUGGAUGUGGUCUUGACUCCAUAAUGGUUGAUCGCCACCCCCAAUUUAGACACUCAAGAUGCCUGUUUGUUGUAAGAAUUGAUGGUGGAUGGAUCGACUUUUCCUAUCAGAAGUGCUUGCGAGCAUAUAUUCGACAUAAGUACCCAGCGCAUGCAGAAAGAUUUAUUCGAGAACAUUUUAAGCGUGGCAGUUGAUUAUAUAUGUGUGCUCUGAUGCUUAGAUUGUACUUCAGUUACAAAUUUGGCAUUGCUAGAGAUAAUUAAUAUUUUAGUAUAUGCACAUAUGAACACAGAAUUGUCUGUUGGUGUGUGGUCUGUAAACAUCCUAGAUCUCUACCACUUUUUCAAUGUAGUAGAUAAUUCUUGACUAGCACUUACUUCCAGAUUUUUUUGCAAAUGAGGACAGAGAAAAUGAUUGAAAUCAAACCCUACUUUGUUGA